AUGAGCACUCUCUUCCAUCAAUUAACAUGCAUCGAUCCAUUCGAGACUAUUCCGAAUCUUCCCUUACAUGAAACUUUUUCAACUGCAACUACAACUACUGCUACUACUACUACUACUACUACAAUGAAUACAACAACAACAACAACAAGGAUGGUGAGACCUUCCAUCAUGAUGAUGAUGCUCCUGUCGGGUCGACCCAACAAUUCCUCGAGUCAACAACAACUGCAUCAUUCUUCUUCCUCCAAUCUAUUAUCAUCAUCAGGAGGAGGAGGAGGCAAUUGUCUUCUUCGUCAAUUCAAACCAUCUUCCAAUCACUUACUUGAUGAUGAAGUAUUAGAGAGAAUGGAAAAGGAACAUCAAUCACGAAUGAUACAGGUGAGAAUUGGAUUAGAAGCUCCUCCCGAUCUAUUGGCCAAUAUUAAAUUCAUUCAACACCACCAUCAUCAACAACAACAUCCACACUUCAACAACAACACUCUGGAGUGUGAUUUAUUUGAUACAAACACCACCACGAGUGCUCAUUUAAUGAUGACGACCUCUGAUCAAGAAGAAGUUAAUGACGACAUGCACGAAGAAGAAGAAGACUUUGAGAAUGAGGAGGAUAGUCCAGUGAUGAUGAUUCUAUCCAAUCACCAUCAUGAUCCUUACAAUAGUCCCAUCCAUUCUCCCUCGUCAUUAUCACAACACACUUCCGAAGCGGAUGAUGUUGUUGAGCCUUUUCAGGUUUCUCAUUUCGAAGAGACACUUGACGAUCCAUUGGUGGAAGGAUCAUCCGCUUUCAAUGUUAUGACCUAUCCCAGUACGAGUGGUGGUGGUGGUCAUGAGGAUGACCAUUCAGAAGGAUCAUCCACUCUCGCUGCUGCUACUUCUCAUCAACAACACCACCACCACCACCACCACAACUACUACUACUUGUAUCCUUCCAUCUCUUGUACUUCGAAACGGAGAAGAGGAAAUUGUGUGCGUGGUGCUUGUCAUCAUGAACAAUGUACAGAUGAUGAUGCUGCUGUUCAUGGCGACGAAGAAGAAGAGGACCAUGAAAAAGAAUGUGUGAUUCAUCCAAGUAUUACCGGUAAUAAUACUGCUGCUACUACUACUGAGACGAACAACAACAACAACAACAACACUGAGAGAAAGAGGACUGAUUUGAAUCAAGCUUGUUUCUUGGACUCACCACCAUGUUAUUGGAAACAAGACGAUGAGGAGUGA